AUGGCUAUGUCCAAGCGCGGAUCAAGGCCCAUGCUGGCUCGCCCUCCGUUACUUCGGCCCGGCACUGGCAUGUCGGUGAGAUCCAACGCAUCUGGUCAACGGCUUACACGGGCUUGGUCCCAUUCGGAUAUCUCCCAGCUCAAGAUCCUGGAAAGGAAUACUCGUCAGAUGCUGGAAAAGGCAACCAAUGCCAUGCGGCUGCCCUUUCUAGAAGAAGACUCGCUAAAGACCCUGUCUAUUCCGAUGAAGCCCCAUGAUUUCGCAGACUGCAAGAAGAAACAGAGAUCAACAGCUAUGCUUGACGUGGCUGGCUUUAGUUUGGAAUUGGACGCAGAGGGCGAGGAGCUGCCGCUGGAUCAAGCCAUUGACCGCCUGAAACUCAUGCAGGCUGCAGCUGACCCCAAGGCUGCACUAGGUCUCUCAGGCAUCCUUGGGGAGUUGCAGGCAGGAGUGUGCAACGUCCGCUUCUAUGCAGAUGGGAGCCUCGGUCGAUUCGUGACUUUGCAUGCAUUGCGAUUGCAGCGACAAGAGGAUAACCAAGUGUUGAUCCAGGUGGUGGUCCCUCCGAUGCCGGAGGAUGGCUUUGUGCCCUUCCGGCGACGUCGGAGCCGCCUGGAGUGCCCCGAUUCCAGUUGGGCGCCAAAGUGGCGGAAAGUGCUGGUGCCGCCUCCGGACAGUGACCUGGUGGUGGGUGCCGGGGGCUUGGAGAAAGGUGGCGAGCCACCCAACUUUGCCGAAUUCGAUCGGGUGGUGCGAGGCAUGUUGAAUCGGAUCAGCACUGAGAAUGCCCGGCUGAUUUUGCCGCUGGAACCGCAGCUGCGUGGCGCGGAGACGGGCGAUUGCGCGCCCUGGUGGGCGGCGCGCUGCGCCGCCUUGAUGCUGAAUCACUACAUCCAAGUGAUCCACACCAAUCGUUGUGCACGUGGAUUGGCCAUGCGAAGCGCUGACAACGUCUUGCCCGAGUACUUGGAUGCAGUGGCCCCGCUGUUGGCCCGAAGCCCUCGCUUGGUCCUCUCCUUGGUCGCUUGGAUGGCACGGCUGCUGAAAUGGUACGACCUUUGCUGGCCGACCACCCGCCUGGUGCUGCUGGCAGCCCGGGAACCACGGGAGAAGACGCAGCUCCCGGGCCAUUCCUUGGGACGUUUGCCGGCGGAAGUCAUCAAGGGUCGGAUUUUGACCUUUCUGCUGCCUCCAUUGCUUCCAACAUCUGCUUCCUCUCAAGACCUGGGUGUGCCAGCGGCUCUUUGCACAUGCUGGAGUGAUCCUGACGGUCAAAAAGAUGUGGUUGCAGUGCUGGCCCAUCUCCUGCUCUUCACUCCUGCCGUGGCUUUUCCUCGCUUGUCGGCCUGUGCCCUGGCCAUGGCAGAAGCCGCCUUGCGACAGCCCGGGGAGGAGAAGAUCUACCUGGCAGCCGCAGUGGUGGUGUCGGUGUCCCAACGCUUGCAGAAGUACAUGGUGGGCAACUCACCAUUGCUGAAAGCUGAGGAGGAGCAUUUGGCCCAGCUAGCCCUGCAACUGCAGCAUGUCCAGCAGGAUUUGGAGUGUGUCACGCACCUGGAACGUGACUUGUCACUGGCUGCAGCCAAUGCCAGAGACCAAGGAAAUUUGUCAUUCUUUGUCUACUCACGGGUUUUGGCAGCUUCUGAACACGUGAAUCGUGCCAAGGAGCAAUACAAGUGUGCUUGGUGCACAGCCAGUGCGCAAGACAGGUUCGACUACCAGCUUCGGAGUUUGGGAUGGAUGAUUUCCCGCGAGACGCACCAGCCAACGGACAUCUUCGGAGUUCGUGGAGGGAUUUUAGCCGACGGCAUCGGAUAUGGCAAGACCACCAUCACCCUGGCGUUGAUGGACCACCGCAGAUGUCAUGACCUUCCCUCCACCAAUGCAGCAGCUAAGCAGCUACUGCCUUCACGCGCCACACUCAUCAUGAUGCCACCCAAUCUUUGGCAACAAUGGCAGGAUGAAAUCAACAAGUUCUUGCCUUCCGGCUCCUUUCGAGUAAUUGCAGCAGCUGACGGCGGUCAGCUGCGGCGCUUUUCACUGGAGGCUUUGCAAAUGGCGGAUGUUGUCAUCGUGCCCUAUCCCAUUUUUCGUGGGAGAUCAUACGCAAAUUUGAAAUGGCGCUUAAAGCACUUCUAUUGGCACCGCAUCAUCGCGGACGAGUUUCACGAGUUGAUUGGUGCGGCAGUAGAUGGUCACCAUCCCUUCAACGAGGCCAAACAUCAGUUGACCCAACUGGAGGCAGAAAGCCGAUGGGGGUUGACUAGCACCCCACCAUUUCAAACUGUCGCGGAGAUCGCCGUGACCGCCACGUUUUUUCACCGCAAGAUCGAGCGGACCAAAGAUGCAUGCGUUCGAUUCAUCACGGAGAUGGUCCGGCAGAACAAGAACGCUGUAGUGCUUCCAGAUGUGGUGCAGCACAAGAUUGAGGUGCUACAAUCUCGACACGAACGUGCCCUCUACUUGCAGCACGAGAGGGACAAUAGGUACAGCCGCGGCAUUCCAAUCACCCUGUGGGAUUGUGCUUCGCUUCACAUGGAUGUGGAUCCUGAAAGAAGUAGCCCAGCUCGACAGAUGAAGUCGCCCGAAGAACUCUGCCUGGAGAUGUUGAAAAAAGAUCGGGAAGAGACGCAGCGCUAUGACGAUGAACUGUUUCAGCAUUGCGUGGCCAUUGAAGGUUAUGUUCGCCUCUAUUCCCAGCUGCUGGAAUACCUGGCCAUGUCUUCUCACGACCCACGACCUGGGAGAAAGCCGGCAUCUGAGAAACUCUACCGACAAUUGGGCCCGGGGCGCCACACCCUGGCUGACUUGGAGUUGCUCCACUGCAAGAUGCACGAGUGGCGUGCGUUGGGCGACGAUGCUUCCGGCAGCGAUGCACAGCGCGCCGCGCGGGCCACGCGGGUGAAAUGCAUGGCUGAAGCAGCAAAGCAGAAGACUUUGAUGCCGACUCGAGGCAGCAGCGAAAACUUGCAAAGAGAGAUCAAGAAGGAGUGUGAGAAAGAGCUGGCGUGUCUUCGAAACUUGGAACAGCACCUCCUCCGUGCGCUCCUCUUCGAGAGAUCUCUGGAAGACGUCUCUGAAUCCUUUACCUGUCCCAUUUGUUUUGAAGAGGUGCCGAUUCACGACUGCGGCAUUGCACCCUGUGCGCACAAAGCUUGCAUGAAAUGCUGGGGUGCUUGUCUAAAUCAAGACUGGAGAUGCCCUAUGUGCAGAAGUGAGGUCCUCAUCACUCGGGUGGUCUCCGUGGAAGUUCCGAAAGCGUUUUUACAGCAGAUGCCGGAUACACGGAGUAUCGUCCAAAAACUGGGACGACAUCACAACCGAAUCCAAGUCUCAAAGUACAGCGUCUACGGUUCCAAGCUGCAAAGCGUCGUGGAGAUCAUCCUGGGCAUCUGGGAUUCUGAGCCAGGCGCCAAGAUCCUGGUCUUCUGCCAGUCCGAAGAGCUCCGGAAGCGCGCGGACCAUGCCUUCGCCACCUUCGGCCUGGAGCACGUGACGCUGAAGGGCGAUGCCCUGGAGCGGGCUGCCUCCAUCCGACGUUUUACUGAGUCCGCCAAUGUGAUGCUGCUGUCCAUGGAGAUCUCCCCGAGCGGUUUAAAUCUCACGGUGGCGCACCAUGUGAUCCUUGCGCAGCCCACGGUCCGGGGGGAAUACGACGAAGCGGUGGACUUUGAAGAGCAAGCGAUCGGACGCUGCUGGCGGCAGGGUCAAAAGUCGGUGGUCCACGUGUGGCGACUCUGUAUGCUUGGCACGGUUGAGGAGGAGAUGGUGGACAAACACAUGUCGCUAUGGACAGAGCGGCAACUUCGUUGCGGCGCGCGGCCUCAAGCAGUGAAUCACUCUGCGCGAUCUGAAUGA